GUUGUUAACGUUAAAGUCAGAUUUGAAAAUCAACUUUCCUGAACGGCUGUAAAUUUUUUAAUGUCGAAUUACGAAAAGUUAGUUUUAAUUAAGAAUAAAGGCCAGACCGCAAAAGUGAGAGUGAAAUUCUUUUUUUCCUAAAGAAUGGCAGACAAAAUCCAAGUGGCCGUUCGAGUUCGGCCAGUAUUAUUUCAAAAGAAAGAUGUCGAAAUUCAUUGGUCUUGGUCAGAAGGUGUGGUAUUUCAGUGUGAACCUGGUACCCCAAAGAGAAUCGGAAACCCCUACUUAUUUGACCAAGUUUUUGGAACAGAAACUCAAAAUUAUCAAAUUUUUACUAAAUUGGUUCAGCCCCUUAUUGAUUCUGCUAUGAAUGGGUUUAAUGUAACAGUUUUGGCAUAUGGGCAAACAGCAUCUGGUAAAACAUAUACUAUGAUGGGCAGCCAAAAAGAGCUUGGUAUUGUUCAAUUGGCUGUUAAUAGAAUCUUUACUCUCAUCGAGCAGUAUCCUGAACGAGCCUUCUUACUUAGAUGCUCUUACAUUGAAAUCUACAACGAAACCAUUUCUGAUCUACUCUCUUCCAACCCACAAAAGCUAAAAGUACAAGAACUGGCAGAAGGUCAUGUGGUGGUCCACAAUUUGAUUGAGACUAAUGUGAACACCCCUGAUGCUGUUCUCAAGCUAAUGCAACAGGGUAACAAACAGCGAAAAGUAGGAGGAACAAGUAUGAAUGAAAGAAGUUCUAGAUCUCAUACUAUCUUCAGAAUAAUUGUGGAAAGUUUACCUCGUGAUGAAGCUGAUCGCUCUGAUGCUGCUGUCAUAGUAUCACAUAUUAACUUGGUUGAUCUUGCUGGUUCUGAAAAAGCUUCCCAGACCAACGCCACUGGCGAUCGCUUUCGAGAAGGCUGUGCUAUUAAUACAAGUCUAUCUGCCUUGAGUUUGGUAAUCAAGCAGCUAAGUGAAGGCGAAGGGUUUGUUAACUUUCGUGAUAGCAAGCUAACCCAUAUUUUACGUGCAUCACUGGGUGGGAAUGCUCGUACUGCCAUCAUUUGUAAUGUUACUCCCACAGUCCUGGAUGAGACAUCCUCAACUCUAAAGUUUGCUUGUAGUGCAAAAGCUGUACAAAACCAGCCUCAAGUAAACGAAGUUCUCUCUGAUCAGGCCCUAUUACGCAAGUACAACAACUACAUCAAAGAUUUAGAGAAGAAACUGAAGGAGAAGGAACUGGAAAAGAAGCCUGAAGCAAUAGAAGAAAUGCGACGACUUCUUCAGGAGAAAGAUAUGAAAAUCAAUGAGCUGAAAGAACAGCUUGUCGUUUCGAGUGACGUAGUAUCCGGACGAGCAGAAAGUAGUCUUACGAGUGCCCAGCGAAGUUUGCGGCGAAUGACAUGGGGAGGUAAUCGUUUGAAGCAAGAAUUAAAUUUGCUCGGUCCAGCAGUUUUUGAAGUGAACACACCCCCGGUUCCAUGUUCGGAAAAAGUUUCACGAACAGUUGCACAAGUAUUUGCAAGUCGCCAGCGCACCAGCAACACCAGACGCUCUGAAACGCUUGAUGAGGUAGCCCCAGAACUCGAGGAUCUUGACUCGGAGAUAUUUUUGCCAGCUGAAAUGGUCUUCAGUAAAGACUACAAUCCUAUUGCUAAAGUAGACGUAGCAACAAUGACAGAUGUCAGAGAAUCGCCUUUCAAACAGCCUGCCGUGCCUUCUACCCCUGUUCCAGUUUUGCGUGAGCAAUUACAGCGAAUGCGCAUGUCGUUAUUUAAUAAGGAACAAGAAAGUGAAACUCUGAGAGAAGAAUUAGAAGACUUGAAGAAUUUUACACGAUUAGAGCAGGAUAUUGGCGUUCAUGCACUAGCUACAGCUAAAAGCGUUGAUUCCCCGGAAUCGGCCGAUAAGUUACAUCGAGCUCUGCAGACGGCGAAUGACAUGGAAGUGUUGUACUUGGAUACACACCGUAAGCUAAGCGAACUCAAGACGGAAUUUCAAACAAAAGAAGCUGAACACGAAAGUGAAAUCCACGCGAUGCAAACUGACCAUAAACUGCAAAUCGAAACCAAGCUCACCGAAAAGAAGCGUCUCGCCAAAGAACUGGCUGAUCUCAAGGAUAAAUUCGAGCGAUUAGAAAAAGAUCAUUCCGAAUCAGAUACUCAUCUUCUAGUAAUUAGUGAACGACAUGCUAAGCGGGAAGCCGAUCUUCGCGAGACUCUUCAAGAAGCGUGGGGACAGUUGGAGCUUCUUGGUCAAGAUCCAAACGCAAUUAAAGAAAACUAUAAUGCCAAGCAGAAGCUAACGCAAGUGGAGCAAGAACUUCUCGAAAUGCAAAAGUUCAAUAGUGAUGCUCAAUCUCGAAUUGCUUCGCUUACGGAAGAGUUGCGACAAUUCAAAGAAUCUGCUGUGCCAGUACCGGAAGCCUCAGUUAAAGGCGACGAUGACAGGCAUAAUAGUUCUCUGAUCGGAAUGUGCAUGGCAGAUGAAUUGCGCGAUGUUUUUAUGAACCAGGACUGUUCUUUCGCUCCUCGCUCUAUCAACCGAACCCGCAAACGUCCUAGUUCAAUUUUGUCUGUUGCGCUGGCAAAAAUGGAUCAGUCAGUAUGCAUGUUGGACUCUACCGAACACGAAAUGGAACCCAGCAAAAAGACCCGCCUAUCGAUACAGUCAGACGUGUCUGAAGAAUUGGAUAUAUCAGAAGUCAAGGAGAUUCGUGAAUAUCUCGUUGAAUUACAGUCUGUGCUGGUACGUUACGAAGAAGAUUACGAAAUUCUCAGUCAAGAAAAAGAACAACUGAACAGCCAACUUCUCAACGCGCAAACCGAAAUAGAAAGCCUCCGUGAAGAGAAAAACAAAUUCGAGCAAGUAGGGAGACUUCAAGAUGAAGAAAACUUUGCUAAAAAAUCAGACACUUCAGAAGAAAUGUUGGAUUCCAGUUGCUUCGUUGGCGAACCGUCGAUUUCAACUUCCGUAAUCGAUAUGGAACAGUCGUGCGAGUCAGACGAUCAGUUCCUUAGUUUACGGGAUCAGUUUACAGACACGCGUGGAUCGUCCAUUUCCACCGAAAUUUCAGAAGCUGCAGCACAAAGAAAAGAAAAAGUAGAACAUUCCAACAAAAUCAAGCAGUUAGAAGAAGAAUUGGUCCAACUGACUGAGAGACUUGAACUACUUCAACAAGAUGUCGAAGAAAAGACUUCUGCGAUAGAAGAGAAACAACGUUCCAUUGAAGCUGCCCAAUCGACUAUAGAGGUUCUGGAGCAACGAUACGGAGAACGGCAGAAUUUACUAUCAAUUCUUGACAAAUUGAAUGAAAACAUGCGUUUAUUAAGUGAGGAUUCUACUUUGGUGACCAAAGAGUUGGAAACAACCCGCCAAACUCUUGAAGAAAUUCGUGCUGAAGCUCGUGCAUUAUUCGUUGCAAAGGAACUUCUGGAAUCUCGACUUGAAAAAGCAAACGAAGAGCUCGAAGCCGCCCGUACUGGAUUCGAUUCAGUGGAUCGAGUAGCUCCUCCAAGCCAGGUGGAUCAAGAAGCUAAUGUGAGGUAUGAAAAAACUCUUGAGGAUCUCAACCUUGCUCACGAUCGCGUCAAAGCACUGGAAUCUGAGUUAGAACUCAAGACAACUGAACUCAACGCCGCUCUAAACGCUAUCCAGCAAGCUCGCUCGAAAGAAGAUGAACUGGAAGAGAGUUACGUGGAAAAAAACCAACUUGAAGAGCUUGUUGAAAAAUUAACUAGUCAACUCGACGGUCUGCAAGAUGAUUUAGAUUUGAAAAUUCAAGAACUCAAUGAAGUUCAAGGAGCUAAACAAGAGGUUCUUCUCCGAAAUGAAGUGUUGGACGCAGAUGUUGAACAAAAGAAGCUUGAGAUCAAUCAAGCACAAGCAGAAUUGGUCGAGGUGCGCUUAAAACUUGAGGCUACUGGUGCUGAACUUGAAAGAGCCAAGCAGGAUCUCCAAGAAAGCUGUGCAAGAACUGAAGAACUCGUUCGUAUGAACGAACAGUUAGAAAGGGAGAAGAAAGACGCUGUUGCCUCGAAGGAGACAAUUGAAGAGGAGCUUCGAAUCAACGCUGAUGCAGCCUUGGAGAAAGCUCGACUAUCAAUGGAUGCAGUACACCGUAAUGAUUCUGAAGUGCAUGCACUACAGGAUUCACUGGACAAAACUCGAGCUCAAGCCCAACACCUCCAGUCGUCUAAUGAAGAACUUUUGAGUGAAUUGAAUCUGGCCAAGACAAAAAUUGACGAUCUUUACAACGAUUUACAGUCAGCGAAUGCUGCUCUUUCUGCUCUCAACGAAGAAGCUGCUUCAAGAAAUCAAGAUUAUUCAGCUGAAUUGAACAGGAAGACGCAAGCUAUCCAACAAUUGGAAGUCACUCUUAAAGAAACUAAACUUCAAUUAACUGAGCUCCAGUCUAUGCAAGAAGUCGUUCAAACUGAACUCAAUGAAUCGAAAAGACGAAUUCUUGACCUGGAAGAAAAUUUGGAAUCGGAAUGCGACGUUCGUGUAGCAGUUCAACGUGCUGCCGCAGAAGCCGCUUCCGUUGCUGCUGUGACGCUUUGCGCGAAUGUUGAGGAAAAGGAGAAAAUUGACCGAGAACUUCUUGAAUAUCGUGAAAGAGUCGCUAGGCUAACUCUGGAAGUAAGUCAUUCCACUUCCGCAUUGGAAGCCGCAAAAGCCGAAGUACUUCAACUGGAGAAUACUAGCCGCACUGAGCGAGUGCCGCGCGAAGAGCUUCAUGCGUUAACUUCAGAACUAAAGGAGGCACUUCAACGAGUGUUUCAGUUAGAAGAGUCACUAGAAGAAAAAUCAACACAGUUAAACGUCUCCUACCAGAAACUGGAAGCGGCUCAAGCUAGGAUUCACGCUCUGGAACAAAAUGAAGUAGCUGUCUCAAAUCAAGCGGAAUCUUUCGAGUGCACUAUUAAAGACUUAUCAGCUAAAAAUGUGAACCUCAAUGAAAUGGUUGCCCAAUUCCAGUCCGAUCUUCAGUCAAAGGAAGAUGAGCUGAUUAACCUUCGCUCGAUGACUCAAAAUAUCGCUCUGCUUGAAUCCCGUUUACAAGAUGUAGGUGGUGAAACAGCCCAAAUGUCUCGUAUCAUCGAUGACAAAACGGAGGAAAUCGCGCGCUUAGAAGGAGAACUGGCUCGAUUACACGAGCGGCAACGGGAGCUGGACGAAAUCCGGAUUUCUCUCCAAUCUAUGCAAAGUGUCAACGAUGACUUGGUCGCGAAGCUGAGCGACAAAGAAAACCUUAAUGUCAAUUUACGUAAAAAUCUGGAGAACAACACCCAAAGAUUUGACUUGUUGCAUUCAAAACUGGAAUCAGUUCAGUCGGAGAAAUCAUCUCUAUCAGAGCGCGUUCGUUUGUUGGAAUCGCAACUGGAAUGCCAAGAAGCUAAAAAUGUGAACCUCAAUCAAAUGGUUGCCCAAUUCCAGUCCGACAUUCAGUCAAAAGAAGCUGAGCUGAUUAACCUUCGCUCGAUGACGCAAGAAAUCGCUCUGCUUGAAUCCCGUUUGAAAGAUGUAGGUGGUGAAACAGCCCAAAUGUCUCGCAUCAUCGAUGGCAAAACAGAUGAAAUCGCGCGCUUAGAAGAAGAACUAGCUCGAGCCACAGAGAGUCAACGUAACCACCAAACGCAGUUGCAACAUGCUGAUCAAAGAUUUCAGAAGCGACAACGGGAGUUGGACGAAAUCCGGAUUUCUCUCCAGUCUAUGCAAAGCCUCAACGAUGACUUGGUCGCGAAGCUGAGCGACAAAGAAAACCUGAAUAUCGAUUUGCGUAAAAAUCUGGAGAACGGCACCCAAAGAUUCGAAUUGUUGCAUUCAAAGUUGGAACUAGUUCAGUCGGAGAAAUCAUCUCUAGCAGAGCGCGUUCGUUUAUUGGAAUCACAAUUGGAAUGCCAAGAACAAGAAAUUGGAGACCUCCGCCAGGGACUCGGUGAGGUACACAACGAGCGUGGAUUAUCAACUCAACUAAAACAACGUCUUAAUUCAUUGCAAGCUCAAUACGACGACGCCGUCAGUCAGUGCCAGCAACUAAGAUUAGUAAGAGACGAAAUUUUGACGCAUCAAGAGCAAUCAAGAGAAGAAAUAUUGCGACUCGGUUCUAAACUACAAGUGAUAGCUGAAGAGAAGUCAUCGUUGGAGCAGUACCGAAUUCUGUCCGAGUCACAGAAAGAAGCCAUCCUUCAAGAUUAUCAAACUGUCAAGAACGCGCUGACUCAGAAAGAAAACGAACUGCAUACCGCGCAGCGUCAACGGGAUGAAUUGAGCAACCAAGUAAGAAUGUUGAAUGAUCAAAUGGCAGAGGCGCGGACGAAAGCAAAUGCACUGGAGUCCAGUUCCAAGUUCCAAGUUCAACGUCAAUUAGAAGAAACUGUUGACAAGCUGAAACGGGAACUUGUCGAAACCCGUUCGAAAAAUGAAAUCGUACAUUUAAAUUUCGAAACAGAAGAGGACCAUCGCAAGAAAAAGAUUGAAAGGCUGGAAAAAGAGCUAGAAACUGUAAAGCAGCAGUAUGUGAAAUGUAAAGAACAACUUCGGUUGCUGCGUGAUCGGCAAAACGAAGACGGUACAGUCAGCCUCCCAAAGCCUCGUCUCUCAAUCGUUGUGGAGUCAAUAUCCAUUCAAACCGAUCCAAUUGCUGAUAAAGGGUUUGGCUUCCGUUGGCAAAUGGAUCAGUACGUUUCAGACAACGAAAGACUGCGGAAAAAAGUCUCAGAAAUCGGUGAAAGAAUGGAAUUUUAUAAAGAAAAACUGAUCAAGUAUCGAAAUCUGUACUUUCAAACGACCGGCCAAGACCCUCAUGGAAGGCUGUCGAGCAGUUCAUCCAACCAUUCGUCGCAGCCAAUGGAACGCCAUUCUUCUACUUCUUCCAAUUCUUCAAAUUGCCGAGAAAAUGUUGCAGAUUGCCCCAAUGUUGAUUUGGAUCGAAAUCCAACCCGAAAAACUUCGGCUGCGUCUGCAGUUCCUGCAUCGAUAAGCUCCCAACCUGUAGCAGCACUACAAGCAGCGCACCAGGAAGAGGCGAAAGCUCGAGUAUCAACUGGAGUUGCAAAGCCUGCGAUGACCGCAUCUUCAUCGACCCGCUGGUCCGGCGGAAAAAAGGAAUCUUUAACUAAAGAGGAGAUGGAGAAAAUCAACAAUUGCAAUCCUAGUUAAAAAGAUGUUUGAACUUUAAUUUUGUUUAUUCAAUGUUCAUUCCGUAAAUUUUAACUCAAUCCCUUUUCCUCUUCAUAUUUUAUUCUUUUUUUCAUAUUUCAAUUAAUAAAAUAAGGCAACUUUUUUUAAAAGA